AUGACCAUGAACAUGAGCGACACCUACGGAUCCCCUUCAGACCUUGAACCAUACUCCCACUUUGCCUACCAAGCCUCCUCUCAACUCGAUUUCACAUUCUACUCUCCUCCGCACGAUGGCCCUUCCAGGGACGCCCCUGUGCCGGCUGCUGUGUUCAAUGCUACGUUGCCCGAAGACAUGCCAUCGCUGGAUCUCACAGGAACAGAAGAGUCAAAGCUGGAGGAACUAUUGAACAUGGAUGACCCUGCGGCGCCCAGGAAGCGAGAUCGAGGAGAACGAAUCGUCUGGACCCCCGAGGAGGACCAACAGCUCCGCGCCGCCGUUCAAAUUUAUGGCGACAAGACGGAAAAGUGGUCCAAGAUCGCUGCAUGCGUGCCAGGGCGGACCAACAAGAAUUGCAGGAAACGCUGGUUCCAUUCGCUGGACCCAAAGCUCAAGAAGGGUCCAUGGACAGAAGAAGAGGACCAUCUCCUCAAGACGGGCGUCGAGCUGUUCAAAGGGCAAUGGAGCAAGAUCGCCGAGCGUAUUCCAGGACGAACAGACGAUCAAUGUGCGAAGAGAUGGCGAGAGGGACUGGACCCACUUAUCGACAGAGCAGCGUGGGCACCCGAGGAUGACAUUCUGUUGUUGCAGCGGUUCGAGGAAUUCGGGAGUCAAUGGCAAAAGAUCGCCCUUGCUUUCCCAGGGAGACCGGGCCUGCAUUGUCGGAACCGUUGGCGCAAGAUCCAGAGGAGCCUUAACCACAUGAAGCGAGCCACCAAAAGGCGGAGCCAACUAACUGCCAGCGACCAGGCAGCAUUCAUCGCAGAGACACGGCGACUGGAAGCACUCCUGGACUCACACAAGGGCGACCUGGAUCCAGAAUUGGCACAGUUCAAUGCGGACGAUCUACUCCUUCAAGAGUUUUACCUGGACGAUGACUACAACGUGGACGGGUAUCUGGACGAGGAAUUGACAGGGCGGCCAGGAAAAGGCGGCAGGGGCAGCCGAGGUGACUUGAUGGAUUACUUCGCAGAAGACGAGAAGCCGUACGGAUGCGCCAUCCCCGACUGUUUGUUUGAGAGUUCGUCCCCAUCACUCCUCUACUACCACUUCAAGGCGACACAUACAGGAACGACCGUCGAGAAGCCCUUUCGGUGUGCGAUGCCAGGAUGCGAAACCCGCAAGCGUUACAAAAACGUCAAUGGUCUCCAGUAUCAUGUCACCCACGCCAAAAACUCUGCAGCACACUCCGGGAUGUCAGGAACCACUACCCAGUUGUCGGCCUUUGACGAUGGACCGGAGACAAGUAGUAAGUCGGCCCGGUCGGCUCAACCAUCUUUGUCGCCUGGUUCAAAGGGUGCGUUCAACACCCCACCGCCACCAGCCAGCACGCCUUUGGCAUCGUCGCCUAGGCUCCGCAUUUCAAUGCCCGCCGCAUCAUUCGACCCCGCCAAUAACAUGGCAAUCUCCAAUCCUCCCACACCAGCCGAAAUUCAAUUACAGCUGCAUCAAUCAAAAGAAGAUCUCGUGCACCUGCAGCAGCAGACCCAACAACAGCAUCUCCCGCAGCAUCAAUUGCAGCAACAGCAGGCGUUCCAGACACAUCAACAAAUGCGCCAACAACAGAAGCAGGGACUUUCCCAUCUCUCGCACAGCUCUCUCAACAUCCCCCAUGGAUCCCCUUCCCUGGAUAGCUCUGCCACCUCAUCACAGACGUCCUCCGGUGCAUCUUCGCCCCACUUUCACCGCAACACAUAUCACUGUCCUGAGCUCGGGUGCGACCAAGCCUUCCACCACCUCGCUGGCCUUAACAACCAUAUGGCGCAGAGCCACGGACACCGAGCCAUAACAAUGCGUAGCCACGACACCCUGUGUGGAUCCGAUGCCAUGGUGAUACCGCAGGACAACCAGUCAGACUUUGACAUUGAAAUGGCGGAUCUGUCGUCGGGAACUCAGUCACCUAUUGACACCAACGCCCUACUCAUAGAUGACCAUCUCCUUCACAACCAUCUGAGCAGCCUUGGAUAUGACAGUGACCCUCUGGGGCUGGACUCUGCUUUCGGUCUGGAUUUGCAGCAGGAAGGCAUUAGUGGUCACAGUUCUGGGUUUAGACUGUUCACAUCCAAGGAUCUGAUCAUAGCGAACCAGCUGGUCAACAAACUCCACAACAGGAUGCACUUUGGGACUCAUAUCAAUGUUGGUGUCCAUGCCCACGAGCCCUCGUCGAUCUCCCAACUGCCCCUUAGCUCGCCUGCAGAAGUCAGUCAAACGAUGAACCCCGCCCAUCUCAACACGGCACCUGCAGCUACCCUUGUACCGACAACCAUGCCCCUUACUCCUGGGCCGACAUCUACCCCCUCUACUCCAACAAAGUCGACAAAAACGCAAGGAAACCGACCCGCCAACAAGAAAUUUGCGUGCACCUCUGACAGUUGCCAAAAGGCAUACGCAAGUGUGGUAACUCUGAACAACCACAUCAGGAACGAUCACCCACAGCAAUCAGGAGCAAGGACAUCGUCGGUUUCCUCACUAUCGGUCUUACGGUCCCCUGCAUUCAUGGACAUUCCACAUUCGCCUAUUCUCCCCAAGGAACCCGCGCCGUCAGCGGACGUUGUUAUGGAGAAGCCCUACAAGUGCCUCGUGCCAGGAUGCGGGAAGGGAUACACCAACAUCAAUGGACUCAAGAACCAUCUCUUACAGAUGCAUGGAUCUACCCCCAAAACCACCACUGCUGCCUAA